AUGUCGAUACGCGGCACAGACUCGAUCGGUGCUCCCCCGCCAUUACCUCCUCCCCGACUGGUACCUAUUCAUGGCCCCAUCGACCCGAACCUGCACUACAAGGAGAGCAGGCGCCGCGAAGAUAAUGUUAGCUCGUAUGGCGACUCUUUUGGGCUCGAAUUCCAGCGGCGGGGCAUGUCCUUCAGGCACGACUUCCCUGACGAAGGAUACCAGAGUUUUGACAGCAUAAGGUCUCCUGACUUCCCCCCGUCAUUCGGCCUCCAAACUAUGAAGAACUUCCACCUAAACAACAACAAUGGGAAUGCAAUCGACAAUUCGAUGCUCAGCAAACUCAAUCGCAACGGGCGACGGCCCGGCUUCAGCGCAUCGAUGAACGAUUCUGCCGCUCCUCGCGCCAACCACUCCGAGCUUGCGACGCUCUCCCUUCCCCACAGGUCAAAGCAGUCUUUUCUAGAUACAAGAUUCACCAAAUCUCCGGUUCUCAUGACCGCGCCGUCCCCGCGGAACUCGGGAUUCAGCGCCCUAGGCAUGGGUGCGACCGAUUAUCGCUCACCAAUAAGCGCCGAGUCAGUCGAGUGUGAUCGCUCGCCGAUACCGCGAUCCAGGAGAACAAAUAGCGGGUCAGCGCCAGACGACGUCACCAUUUCUACACAGGGAAGCUUUGACGCCCGCGAUGACGAUGUGGACUUUCCAAUGGAGGAAACGACGCGCAUGCGUAGCUUGAACAUUGAUGACCAGUGGAGGGAAAGAGAAAGAGAAAGGGAGAGGGAGAGGGAGAGGGAGAGGGAGAGGGACUAUUACCAGGCUGGCCAGAAGCGCCGGGCGUCAUCGCCGCCGGGCGAUGACGUUCCCCUCGCUAGCGACAUGUUGAGACGACGGGAUGGUGGACUCAUGUCUAGAGGAUCACCAACCCCAAGGUUAACCGUGAUCCCUCAAGGCUCUAUCUCGAGCAUAUCGUCAGUGAGCCGCAGCGGGAGCUACACGAGCAACUUGACAGCAAGCAGCAUGACAAGUAUUGGCUCGUUUGGACGGCGUUCGCCCAACGGCCUAUCGCCAGGGGGACUAUCGCCAACCGACACCAUUGGUAGUCCGUAUGCUACCCCUAUCAGCCUUACCGCCUCACCUCGUUCUUCAAUCGGCCGGUCAGCUAUUGCACAGUCGCCCCAUCAACGAACAUUGAGCGAGCAAGCCAUGGCUGGGCAGGCGAAUCGGACGCUGGCUUCUCCACGAAAGCUCGCCGAGAUUAUAUCGAAGAACCCAAGCAGUCUGGUUGCAGCUAAACUGAAGGGCCCUUACAUGUGCGAAUGUUGCCCGAAGAAGCCCAAGAAAUUCGACUCGGAAGAGGAAUUAAAAGUACACGAGGCAGAAAAGCAGUACGAGUGCUCGUUCUGUGGGAACCGCUUCAAGAAUAAGAACGAGAUGGAACGCCACCAAAACUCGCUCCACGUCCGUCGACAUAGCUGGUCGUGUUCGGCACUGACGGGCUACGAGCGCGCAUUUCACGACAGCACGAUAAAAUCAGGGGAGGCUGAUACCUGCGGCUACUGUGGAGACGAAUUUCCUCGGACCGGGCGAAGUCAGGGCGGAGCCCAGGUCAGCGACCAGGACUGGGAGGAGCGUAUACGGCAUCUCCAGGACGUGCACAAGUUUCGGGAAUGCAAUUCGAGCAAAAAGUUCUUCCGGGCCGACCAUUUCCGUCAGCACCUGAAGCACAGCCACGCCGGGACAAGCGGGAAGUGGACAAACAUGCUGGAGAAUGCCUGUAUGAUGGAAGAAGAUCCACCGGUACCGAGAUAA